UCUGCGCGUGCCAAAACAGCAGUUGAAUUCAUGGCUUAUAGAGCCGGCUCAACAAAAUCUGCAGUACAACAACGCCUAUGUGAGUUUUCUAAAUCUCUCUUUGACAGAGCUUACACUUGGUAUCCUACUUUGCUCCCCAACUCUAUUCAUUCUUGGGAUGAAAUGGUUGAGCAAUUUUUUCAAAAGUAUUUUCAAAAUGAGGAGCGCAUCACCAUUCUUGAUCUUCAUAAUACUUGCCAACAUGCCAGCGAAGAUUUGGUGGUUUAUGUAAAAAGAUUUAGAGAUUUGGCACUUGAUUGCCAUGGUGGCCAUGCUGAAUCUUUCUUGGUGGAGAUCUGCAUCAACAACAUGCUCUUAGCAUAUUGUGCUGUCCUUAAAAAUAUUGGGAUCGAUAUGUUGAUGAUGCAUCUUCCAGGUCUACUAGCAGUAUCAUCUUUCUUGGCCAAUGUUGCUGCAUCAUUAAGGCUCACUGGUGAUGUUAUCUUUCAUGGUCUAUUAACAGUGACAUCUUUCUUGGCUAAUGUUGCUGCAUCAUUAAGGCUCACUGGUGAUGUUAUCUUUCAUGGCCAGUAUUAAUGCCUUUUCAAGGCCUGCUGGCGAUGUUAUGUUUCAUGGCUAGUAUUGGUGCCUCUUUAAGACAUGCUGACAAUGCAUCUUCAAGGUCUAUGAGUAGUAUGACUACAUCUUCAAGGCCUACUAGCAAUGUUAUCUUUCAUGGCUAAUGUCAGUGCCUCUUUAAGACUCGUUGGUAUUAUUAUUUUUCAUGGCUAGUAUUUCAGCCAUCCUUGGUUUGUUGGAAGCAUUCUUAUCUCUCGCGGCUAGUAUUCGUGUUACAUCAAGGCCUACUAUCGAUGUCGCUUGGUUAUCUCUUGGGUAGCAUUUGUAUCACAAUAAACUUAUUAUGUAAUGGUGGUUCCUCUCCCAUGGUCAGCAUAUAUGUUGCCUUCGACUUGCUAAUGGAGUGUUCUUAUAUGGCUAGUACUUGAUGAGUACUUUGAUUGAAUGCAUCGACACUGGGGGCUGAAGAACAUGGCUGCUUAUAGAACAAAUGGAUAAGGCUCAUCAGCAUAAUUAUUAGUUGUUUCAACACCAUUCUAGUGAAGUG